AACGUCGGAUUUUAGUGCACCGGAUAAGUGUGAUAUCGUCGAAAAACACAUUAAAACGUACGCUUCCUUAAAUAAUAUAAUAUAUGAACUAAUGUAAUGCUCUGCUGAAUGACUUCCAGGUGGGUGCAGCAAUGCAUUUGUGUAGUUACUAGUUAGUUAUCAAGACAAACACCAAAGAAGAAGAGCGAGUUCAGCCGGAGCUGCAUCAGGUUCGGUUCGCAGCUGGUAUGCCUCCGUACAUUCUCGGUUUAGAUGUGGGCACGACAUCGAUUAAAGCGGUUUUAUUAGAAAGUGAAUCAAGAAGCGUUGCUGCAAGCCAGAGUUUGCCAACCGCUUCUGACCUAGCCGAUUCGAAUGGGAUCAAGGUAAGUGCUCGACAAACAUCUGCCGCUAAGGAGCAGGAUACUGGCCGGAUUCUGGAAACUCUUAACCAGUGCGUCGGGCUGCUACCAGCGGACAAACUGCAACAUGUGUGCAGCAUCGGGGUAUCUGGACAGAUGCACGGGGUUUUGUUUUGGAAUGCUGAGAGUGGUUGCGAUUGGUCCAGAGGCAACUUCAGUCAGCUGAUUACCUGGCAAGAUGGCCGCUGCAGCAAUAGCUUCCUGUCCUCCCUUCCAAAACCGGAUUCGCACCUCGCCGUUGCCACAGGAUUCGGCUGUGCCACCAUCUUUUGGUAUAUGAAACACAGGCCCGAGUUCCUUAAGGACUUCACGGUGGCAGGCACCAUCCAAGACUAUAUUGUAUCCAAAUUGUGUGGGUUAGACCGAUGUCUCAUGACACCCCAGAAUGCAGCCAGCUGGGGUUUCUACAACACAUCCUCCAAGCAGUGGAAUCUGGACAUUCUCAAUGGCGUCGGCUUCCCUUUGCACCUACUUCCCCAGUGUGUCCCCUCCGGUGAGCCGGCGGGUCACACUCGUUCCGACUGGCACGGCAUCCCGGCGGGCACGCCAGUAGGGGCCGCUCUGGGAGACUUCCAGUGCGCCGUCUACUCCUGCCUGAGUGCGCAGACAGAUGCGGUUCUUAACAUAAGCACCUCAGCCCAGUUGACCUUCGCCAUGCCGGCUGACUUCAAACCUCCUGACUGUCCUCAGCCUGAAUCGUCCAUUGCUUUCUUCCCCUACUUUGACUCUUCAUACUUGGCAGUGGCGGCGGCGCUCAACGGAGGGAAUGUCCUGGCCACGUUUGUGGAUAUGCUCACCGGAUGGAUGAAAGAACUCGGUGUGGAGCUGAGCGAACAAUCCCUAUAUGAGAAGAUGAUCAGUUGUGCUCUGAACCAGGAAAGCAGCGACCUGGCAGUGCGUCCAACAGUCCUAGGAGAGAGACACGCCCCUUUUACUCUGGGUCACGUGACCAACAUUUCCAUAAGUAAUCUCUCUCUGGGUCACGUGACCAGAGCUCUCUGCCAUGGGAUCCUGGAGAAUCUGGCCUCCAUGAUGACCCCUGAGCGGCUACAGCAGGCGGGGGUCAACAGGAUAGUUGGUAGCGGGAGCGCCCUGGCGCGUAAUCAGGUGCUGAGACAGGAAGUGGAAAAAGUCUUUGCCCAGCCCGUGAUAUAUGGACGGGAUGCGGACUCUGCCGUUGGCGUCGCUUUGGUCCUCUGUGACCGACUCAGAUCUACCAAUGCGGCAUGGCACUGACAAUUUUGAGGAGCUUCUUGAAGAUGACAAAGGAGCAGUUCAACGAAUGGAAAUGCCCGCCUCACAUAUAUUAUGCUUUAUUCAAGUGAAUAAAUGCUCCACUUUAUGCUUCAUGUGGAGCCUGAUUAAAAAAAAAAAAAAAGUCAAUACUUUUACUCAAAAUGAUGUUCAGACUGUCUUGGAAAAAAAAGUUACAGGAAGUAGCCUGUUGCCACACUAAGUUGAGCCUACUUUGCAUGGCAGAAAAUAUCACUCAGUGAUCACGGGACCUGUGAUCACACAACACGCAUGUUGAAGUGAAACUAAACAGGAUGGGCAAAAAAAAAUUGCUUAUAAAUGUUACGUCUAUCAAAAAAAACAAAAAAACUGAUUCGCUUUAUAUUAUAUAUUAUAUAUUUUUUCCUUUGUCUUUUAGCUUUGUUUUGCUUUGAUGGCUUUUAUCUUGAGCACUUUCUGGCUUUCUUUGUGGCGCCGUUGUGUGGCAGCCUGUGUCUUUUGUAUACCCACUCUGUGGUAUGAAUACUGCUGGGGCCUGAAUUUCCCCACCCCUGGGGAUCAAUAAAUAUUCAAUCAAUCAAUCAA